AUGUCUACCACUACCAACAAGUCUGAGCAAGCCGUCGCUUACGCCGCCUUAAUUCUCGCUGACGAAAGCAUCGCCAUAACACCAGAAAAGCUCCAGACACUGCUGAAGGCUGCUGGUCUUGAGGAUGUGGAGCCGAUUUGGACCACACUCUUCGCCAACGCACUCAAGGAUAAGAACGUCAAGGAAGUCUUGACCGCGGUCACGGCUGCGCCAGCCGGCCGCAACACCGUCACCGAUACCAAGGAAGAUGGCAAGGUGUCUGGAGAGGAUGGAAACGACGAGAGAGACGGAGAUGAAGGCAUCGGCAUCGACGCGGAUUCGGACGACGGUUCUGCCUUUGGCGACCUAUUCGGCUAA